AUGUUGCCGCUUCUGUGCUUGAUACACCUGCUCGCCAGCGUCGUGCAAGUACGGGCUGACCUGCCGAUUCACGCUUUGGUCACCGAUAUCUCCGGGAAAUGGCGAAUCUUCCAAUCGCGGGCUGUCGGCGGGCUGGAUGUGGCAUGCGGUUCAGACGUGCCAAAUUCUCCGGAAGGCAACCUGCUCCUGGGGAACUAUUUGGCAUAUCUGAAGACCCAUUUCUGUCUCGACAGGACUACGGAUGUCCACCUCUCCCUGGAUGUGACAGCCUACAGCGACAACACCAAUGCGCCGAAUAGGAGCAUGUGGCGAGCGCUGGCAGUCAAGGACAAACGUGGAAACGUAGUGGGUAGAUGGACUGCAGUCAGCGAUCAAGGCUUCGAAAUCAUAUUCCACAACAACGCGCGUUACUUUUUCUACCUGCAUUACACGAAGAGGGACGGAGAUCAGUACGAGACGGAUGUGACGAAGACGCAGAUCGGAUGGGUGUACGAACCCCAGGGAUCGUCCGACGCGCACGCGACACGCAGAUGCGCUUACGCUGCCAGGGUUGACGGGACCAAGCCGCGGGUGUCCACCAUCGUCCAGCUAAAAAGCAACGAUGUGAAGAACAAGUAUAGGCAGAUCAGCCGAUUUAUCAGCCACGACACGGGUGGUGUUUUGAGUGCCGCGUCGAACAAAAUUUCUCCCAAGAAGGGGCCUUAUCCGUGCGACUGCUCUAGCCGAAACCAGCUGGAUUUCGACGAUGACGUCCCCGAAUCCUUCGUGUGGCACACCCAGGCGACCAUCCCUGUGGUCAACCAGCAACAAUGCGGCAGCUGCUACGCCAUUGCGACGAAAUACGUGCUGCACGCACGGUUCCUCAUAGCUCUGGAGAGAUGCGGCGAGCGCACCCCCGAGCAGGAGAAGGCCUUGGAGGAGUUAUCUCACAACUACUUCUACCCCGAGGACACUUCGGACUGCAGCAUGUUUAACCAGGGAUGCAAGGGCGGGUACCCGUACUUGAUGGGCAAGCAGAUGCACGAAUUAGGAAUUUCGGUGGUCAAGGGCAACGCCCAACAGUGCGCCAUUCUGAGCGCAGAGCGGCGCUACUUCGCCAAGGACUACGGAUACGUUAGUGGUUGCUCGCAGUGCACCGCUUGCCAAGGCGAAGAACUCAUUAUGCGAGAAAUUUACGCAAAUGGGCCCGUAGUAACCGCCGUGGACGCGGCCAUCCUAAACACAGAAUACGAUGGAAGCGUCAUAUCCCCCGUUGAUUCCGAACACAACUCGGGCGUUUGCGACGUCGAGCAGCAUCCCAUACUCACUGGUUGGGAGUACACGUCGCACGCCGUCGCCAUUGUCGGCUGGGGUCAGCAGCUUGAGCAGGGAAAGAUGGUCAAGUACUGGCUCUGCCGCAACAGCUGGGGCCCGGAAUGGGGAGAGGACGGCUACUUCAAGAUCGAGCGCGGAAAGAAUGUUUUCGGCGUAGAAAGUGAGGCAGUUUUCGUCGACCCCGACCUCUCCCGAUUCAAGCAGGCUCCUGCAGACGCCCGACUCCACGACAUUCACUACCAUUACUGA